CGAGAUUUCUCUUUCUCCGUGAAGUUUAUUUGACGUCAUGGAUGGCAGACCCAAUAUCAUCGACAUUACUAAUUGCGAUAACUGACUUGUAAUUUGGCCUGUCUAUUAAAGUUUCUCUGCCACUGUAUCUUUGAUUCAGUAUCUAAAAGGACGUAGUAUAUUAUUAGAAAUGACGUUGAAGGGCAAGAAUGUUCUUAUUACGGGAGCCUCCAUGGGUAUUGGUGAAGCACUCGCCCGAAGAGUCACUUCCGAAGGGGCGAACGUUGCUUUAUUUGCGCGGUCGAAGGAUAAACUGCAAGGAAUCACAGCAGAUCUCCAAAAGAACCACCCAAGUGCGAAGGUGAUAUUCAAGGCCAUCGACUUGCAAAGCUAUGAAGCUGUUGAGAAUGCCGUUAACGAGACGGCGAAAGAGAUUGGCACCAUCGACAUUUUGAUAAACAAUGCUGGACUCGCUCUAGGCGCACCAUCUGCAUUCCCAGACCUCAAAGUGUCCGACAUUGUGACCAUGAACAGCACAAACAUUAACGGACUCAUGUUCGUGACAUAUGCCGUCCUCAAUUCAUCUAUGAUGAGUCGAAAGGAGGGUACAAUUCUCAAUGUAACAUCCGUUACAGGACUAGAAGUUCCUCCGUUCCCCGGUGAAGCAGUGUAUCAUUCGAAUAAAGCUGCCCAGGAGGCCUUCACGAAUGCUCUGCGCAACGAACUUACUGGAACCAAUAUUCGAGUUCUGGCCCUGCGUCCUGGGGUCGUGGCAACGAAUUUUCACUCUCUUCGGGUGGGACACGAUAAGGAGAUGUAUGAUAGCUUCAUUGAGGGAUACACCCCCCUUGAAUCAGAUGAUAUUGCCGGUGCGGCAAUGUAUAUGCUCAACCAACCACUGAAUAUAUCUGUAAAGGCUCUGGAUGUGGUCCCUUCCGCGCAAAGAUCACUUAACGUAUUCGACCGGGGUUGGAGUGAGAGGAAUGCAUGAUUUGUGGGAAAAUGUCAAUCGUAGUUAACCGUGACCAUUGUUGCCAAUGAAAGCCACAGAGCCAUUCUACCAUGUCUGCAGGCACCAAUGCCAUUAAACCUUCGGGUUUACAGCCUCCCACAUGGCUGACCGAAAUUAUAACCUUAUUUCAUCAAAUGCGUGGCAAAGUUCUGGACUCUGUGCUGCCCAUAGGACCGACUCGGCGAACCAUCGCGGAUUUUGGCAGACAACUAUGACAUUUCGGGGCUCGUGCCGAAGACCUCGAUACGAAACGCCGGAUGGUGUAUGUUUCAGCGCAGUAAUCUACACUUUCGAAGCUUCUUCCAUAGUCAUACUCGG